UCCCUUCCUGCCUAAAAUUCUGUCAACUGCGCGCCACGACGAUCGCCGCCAAAAUGGUCCUUCUUGGUGGACUAGAAGUCCUCGCUGCGGGCUACCUCGUGCACCAACACCACAAAAACAAGGAAGAGAGACGAAGGCUCGAGCAGGAGGAGUGGGAAGCCGAGCGACGGAGAGCAGCCCGCCGCCACGAACGCAGGAGCGGAAGAAGAGACAAGCGUUCGGAAUCUGUGCCGCCAAACGAGUAUAGGCCUUCAAAAGAUACGAAAUACACAUGCUGCUCACCGCCGCCAACGAAGUCGCGACCCGCAUCGCGGCCUGCGCCGGGACAAUACUGGAUACCACAAGGACCUCCGCCUCCAUUUCAGUACGUGCCACGGCCAGCAGCACCACAGCCAGGAUUUCAAUCGCAACAGCCGCUUAGAACUACGCAAAGCAUGUCUCCUCUGCCACAGAAAGCGCAACCAUACUUCCCACCACCGCCUACCGUGCCAGUGGCGUCACCUCCGCAUCAGGCUGCCACACCGGCCGGACCGUCGACUUCGCCGGUUUCGUAUGACCUUCCAGAAGACGCAUACGAAAUGAGUGGAGGAGAAGUUCCCGAGCAGUACCUGUAUUCGAACACCCACACUCCUGAACUUCGCUCAUCUUCACCGCCCCUAGGUGAGCGACCACCCGCUCGGUCAGGUCAACGCCGGGCUCGGUCAACCUCGCGCGUCAGAUUCGAAGUCCCUUGGGGCGAAAAUGGAGAGAUGGUUCAAGUUCCAACCGGCGAAAUACCGAGCUCACCGCCUCCUCCAUAUAGGCCAUGAGAGAAGCAACGCGCUGCGUAAUGGGACGGUCGGCCGGAGCUCCUAAUGAUGGCAUUUUCUGGAUCUGGAUUGGGGAAGGAUUCUGCUGGCAGUCUCCUUUGGAAAAUCAUUGUAGAGAUACCCACAGGGCUUAUGACAUACGAUUACAUACAACUAGCGUACUAAUAAUGAUAUUUCGAUUAAUGAUAUCUACUUUUUUGUCAA